UGCAUCUAAUCAGUAUUAUAUGCUUUACUUUCUCUCUCAUGUAAAUAAUUCACGGAGUCUAGUCUCCUCUGCCCAGUGCCCACACAGUUCAUCAAAACAGUUCUUGUGAAAGCAUCUGCUUGUUUGAUUCGGAAAGGUUGUUCUACUUAUCUUUGUACCGAUUGUAUUAAACUUUGAAGCCCACCAGUCUGAACAAAAGUAAAAGGGCGUGGAAUGGCUCCUUCCAUAAACAAUCUGAGGCGGCUUCUGGAAUAUCGAUCCAAGAACGAAAGGCUUGAAAUGUUUGAUGGGCAGGGACGACUCGUUCUAGCAGUUACCCACUACAUAUUAAAAUUAUGCUCCGAAGAUGACAAAAUUAUUGCUUCAUUAGAGCGUCUUGACGAUUCAGCCAAGCUUUGCUGGGGUCACAGUCGUCAUACUGAUGAAGAUAGGAACUUCUUCAUCUUGUUCAAAUCCUUUAUGGCAGAGCUUAAAGAAUUUUUUCAUGUCCCGAAGGCUAGGAGCACGCAGUAUCAUAAUGAACUUGUUGCAGCCUUUAUUGACCUUCUCUUAGAAAUCUUUGAAGAAAUACUUCGUCUUCAGCCAUAUUUCAUUCUUCGCUCCAAGGAUUCUAUUAAAACUCUUAAGAUGGACCUUAAAUUUCUUAUCACCUUUCUUGGAGAUAUACCAUCACGGUCCACUGGGCUCGAGACAACAAAGAAUGUGUUGACAGAUAUUGAAGCUGUGGCCAAUGACAUAGGGAGUUUCUUAUAUUCCUUCUUUUUCACCACAGAUAGAGUGUCUGUGGCUAGAAUGUAUCAGGCUCUUUUUGAUUUGUUAGGAACUGCAGGACUCGUGAAAGAAAAAAUCAAACAGCACUGCAUCACAGCCCCGAAUCUAUUGCCAGGUAGUGUGACCCCAAAGACUGCUGUGGUUUCUCUGUUUCUUGUUGAUUCUCUCCUUGAUGAUCUCAGGGAUCUAAUAAGUCACAAGGAUGACAGGAUUGUUGAUGUGAAGGAUGAAGCUAUAACAAUCCAUGAUGAGUUAAAGUUAUUACGGACCUUGCUUGCUGAGAUAGAGGUGGAAAGGUAUCCAGAACUUGAAGAAUUCUUGAUACAAAUUAGAGACAUAGCAUACGAAGUUGAAUACAUUAUCAACUCAUUUGCUCCUGUGUGGUACCUCACUAUCCGGCUUCCUCAAGUCCAUGAGAAGAUAAAGCUUAUUAGGAUGCUACUCCAAGACAUGAAGAAGAAGUAUGAUUCUGGAAUGCUAAAGGGUGCACAAUAUCCAAGUCUGCGAGCACCAUUACAAUAUCCUCCGAUUGGUGAAGAAAUUGUUGUUGGCUUGGAGGAUGAAGUAAUCAAAAUCAAAGAUCAACUUACUAGAGGGCCAGAAUACCUACAAAUUAUUUCCAUUUUUGGGAUGCCUGGAUUAGGUAAAACAACUUUGGCAAAGAAACUCUAUAAUGAUCCCGCUAUUGUUUUUCAUUUUUACAAGCGUGCCUGGUCUGCUGUCUCUCAAACUUAUCGACGGAGAAAUAUUUUGAUUGACAUUUUGACAUCAAUGAGUGGACUUAACAAAGACGCAAUCAUGGACAUGGAGGAUGAAAGUUUGGGUGAAAAGCUUUAUAAAAGUCUAAAGGGGAGGCGUUACUUCAUCGUCAUGGACGAUAUUUGGAAUGUAAACGCAUGGGAUGAUAUGAAAAGAUACUUCCCAGACGAUAGAAAUCGAAGCAGAAUACUAUUCACCACUCGGCAUGAAAAUGUGGGUUUCCAAGCUUCAACUCCUGCAGUUGUUAAUUCUCUUCGUUUCUUGACAGGUGAUGAAUGUUGGGAGUUACUGAAGUGGAAGGUGUUCCACAAAGAGCCUUGUCCUGAAGAAUUGGUAGAAAUUGGAAAGCAGAUCACGGCAGAUUGUGAUGGAUUACCACUUGCUGUAGUUGUUAUAGCUUCAGUUCUUGCAAAUUUGGAGAAGAAAAGGACCAUAUGGAAAGAAGUUUCUCAAAGCAUAAGUUCACACAUGUCUAAAGGGCCAAAUGAGUACCAGAAUAUACUGGAACUUAGUUACAGUCAUUUACCAAUGCAUUUGAAACCAUGUUUUCUUUACUUUGGGGUAUUCGAGGAAGAUAGGGAAAUCCCAGUCCGGAAGUUGAUAUUGCUUUGGGUCGCUGAAGGAUUCAUAGAGAAAAGAGAACACAGGAGCUCUGAGGAUGUGGCACAGGAAUACCUGGCGGAUCUCAUUAAUAGGGGCCUAGUACUGGUUGCUAAAAGAAGAUCCGACGGUGGAGUCAAAGCUUGCAGCAUACAUGAUCUAUUGCGUGAUAUGUGCUUGAGAAUAGGAGAAAAAGAUCAAUUUAUGAAGGUGAUCCAAAAUCAAAUUUCAAUAUAUGAGCAACACCAUCGCCUAAGCAUUCACUCUCACUCUUAUCCUUCUGUCUCUAGACCUUUUGGGCUACAUGUUCGCUCUCUGCUAGGCUAUUUACCCGAUCCCUCCGCAUUCAUCAUUUACAACUUGAAACUUUUGAAGGUAUUGGAUAUGUCAACAAUAGAUUUGAGAAUGCAUAAUCCAACAGGAGUUGAGGUGUCGCUUCUUUUAAAGUUCUUGGCAGUUUCAUCUAUACCGUCAUCGUCAAUAGAGAUAUUUGAGAACCUAAAUUUUCUUUUUGUGGAUAAUAAAGAGGUAGAUGAAAUACCGGAGAUCCUUUUUAAUAUGGUGAAGUUGCGCCAUGUACAUUUCAGCGGUGGGGCAAAAUUCAGUGAAUCUUGGCGUAAGCGAGCAGCUAUGGGUGACAGCUUCCAAAUAAAUAAUCUAGAAAAUAUUUCUUCCAUUUUCAUUAAUGAUGAAAAUGAUGAAAAAAUCUUGAAGUGUUCGCCCCAUCUCCGAAGGCUAAAAUGUAGAUGUACAUUCUUUUGGGAUUCAACCGAGAACAACUAUCGCUAUCCUUCCUUCAACUUCCUUAAUCAGCUUGAAUCCCUCAAUAUAUCUUUCCGCCCUAGUUAUAUUUCAGAUGAUGCUAUUCCCGAUUUGACCAAUUUACCCUUGAAUCUGAAAAAGCUAACACUCCGUAACUUUGAUUUAUCUUGGAAGCAAAUGAAGAUAAUUGAGGAAUUAACCUACCUUGAGGUUCUCAAGUUACGAGAUGAUAUCUUUGAGGGGAAACAGUGGAACACAAGUGAAGGUGGAUUCCAAGAACUCAGAUUCUUGGAGCUGGAUGGGGUACAAAUUGAACAUUGGAAUGCCUCAAGCGAUGAUUUCCCCAAACUUGAAUGCCUGGUGUUACGAAGCUGCCAGCAUUUGGAUAUCCCUUCCAGUAUAGGGGAUAUUCUCUCUCUCUCAAAGAUUGAGGUACAUGGGUGUGUAAAAUCAGUGGAAGAGUCAGCCUACAAAAUUCAGGAGCAACAAGUAGAAGAAACGGGAAAUGAAGAGCUUAAAGUCAUUAUCUCCCGCUCCCAGCAGUAAUGGAAAGUACAUCAUUUUCUGGAGAGUUUUCUUGGAAACAUUCAGGCCUGACGUACUACUUUCCUUUGCACUUACUGAUGUUGAUAGUCAUUUGAUCAAGAAGUCUUAUUUCUAUUUAGUGAAAAAUGAUGAAAUUUGUUUGUUGUGGGUGAAACUAAAUAAACGAAUUUAGCAGAGAUGUACUGAUGAAAAAAAUUCAACUAUUAUGUGUGAGUAGCUGAAUCUGUAGUGAUUGUAAUCCAUUUCAGUUUUAAUGC